ACAACUUUGGACGCGAUCCAGUCACCAGUAUACCGUUUAAACGCGCAAACGCAUACUGUUAAUAGUUUAAAAAAAAAAACGUUAAACAAUUCCAAACAAAAUUUAAAAUGUGAACGCCAUAUUGGGAAAAUCACGUUCCGUGAUUGGCUGUGACUUCGAUACGUGCGUUAAAAUUUGAAAUGUAAUUUUUAAUUUACAAUUUUAGUGUUGUUUAGUGUUAGGCUAGAAAUAUCAACGCCGCGUGAGUCAUUCAGUUCAGUGUGUAAUAAAACGUAAAGUGAAAACAAACAAUAAAACACGUACUAUUUUAAGCGUGCGAUACACAAAACGUAUAAAGCGAUGGGAUUAAACAAAAUGGCUUCUGACCGGCACGCGACUCCGUUUAUAAAACAGAACGUGUUUAUUUGUGUUGUUAUCUCGCUCUUGCUCCCGAGGGUCAACGAAGGUGCGACAAAAAUUUACGAGGGCAGCCGAGGUUUCCCGAACGAUGACGGAGGGCGACGAUUGACCCGAGAAUACCAUCUUCGGCAGGGAGCCUUGAGGGGACUGAUAGUGAAACCAAAUCGCCAGUAUGAUCUGCAGCUCGUGGAAAUGUUUCUUGGCAUACCUUAUGCUGCCCCUCCUACUGGAAACUUCAGAUUUAUGCCGCCAGUCAGCGCUCCGCCCUGGCAAGGUGUUAGAAUGGCCACUCAUUUUGCCCCAGUGUGCCCUCAAUCUCUUCCCCUAAUAAAGAAGGGGAACCCGCCAUCGCUCGGAAGACAGCGUUACCUCAACAAGCUGAAACCCUUUCUCUCGAAUGAGAGUGAAGAUUGCUUGUAUCUUAACAUCUACGUGCCGUAUAGAGAACAAAAGUCCAAGAAGUUUCCCGUGUUGGUGUUUAUACACGGUGACUCAUUCGAGUGGAGCUCUGGGAAUCCUUACGACGGAAGAAUCUUAUCCUCGUAUGGGAACAUCAUGUUCGUAACAGUCAAUUACCGACUCGGGAUUUUAGGGUUCAUGAAGCCAAGUCUGACGGAGCACGUGUACGGCAACAACGGUCUUCUGGAUCAGUUGGCAGCGUUGCAGUGGAUCAAGGAUAACAUUGAGGACUUGAACGGGGAUCCGAACGCCGUGACCUUGAUGGGGCACGGCACAGGAGCGGCUUCCGUCAACUAUUUAAUGCUCUCGCCGAUAUCAAACGGACUAUUCCACCGGGCGAUACUGAUGUCAGGAUCCGCCCUGUCAGACUGGGCUAUGACGAGAGACCCGACUCAAUACACCCUGCAGGUAGCCCAGAGCCUGGGUUGCAGCCCAAAUUCGAAGAAUUUGAUGAACUGUAUGCAGAAGAAGCCGCUAUCAGAGAUCAAGAAGGUGCAGAUAUUAUCCAGAGAGUUUGAGACUCCGUUAGGUCCUGCAGUGGCCGGGUCGUUUGUACCGAGUGAGCCAGCGCAGACAAUGGAAGCAUUCCCAAAUCUACUGAGCAAGUAUCAAUUACUGAGCGGAGUCACAGAAUUGGAGAGCUAUCACGAUUUCGGGGUCAUCGAACUGGAUCACGGAAUACUCGAGAAUCAAAGGGACGAUUUCAUUAAAAAAUACGCCAAGAUCAUCUUCGAAGGCGCCGAAAACGAAGCACUGAAAGAAAUAAUAAAAGAGUACGCGCCAUCGAAACUAAACCCUGAAAGUUGGAGCGUGGAGAGCAACAGAGAUUUAAUACUGGAUCUUCUCAGCGACGCGAGGACUUUAUCGCCGGCGAUACGCUUCGCCAACUACCACUCCGCCGCGAACCGGCAGUCUUACUUCUAUGUGUUCGGACAUAAUUCUGUGAGCACGGAAUAUGCGCAGUUGAACAAAAGUGUGCAUGGACAAGAAAUUCCGUACGUACUCGGGGUGCCUUUGGGAGGUGCUAACACUCACUUCGACGAUAAAUACACGCUGCAAGAGAAACUUCUAAGCGAAGUCAUCAUGAGACUCUGGACGAACUUCGUCAAGAAUGGUUCACCAAACACUCAAAGCGUCAAUAAAUACUACACUUUAGAUGCAAACCAACAGUAUCAUUACAACGUUGACUGGCCAGAGUAUGUUCUUCCUCAUCAACCUUAUCUUAAGCUUGAUAUUCCGCCGUCAAUAAGUAGUCUCUACCGCUCUAAUUACACUAGUUUCUGGAUUGAGACGCUACCGAAAAUGAUGAGCAAAUUCAUGAUAGAUCCAUUAUUUCAAUACACUCCGAGCAGUACACCUAAGACCAAACCAUCCCAGAAAACGAUCGAUCCAAUCAGAAAAAUUUGGUCACCGCAUGUCAUCAGCUCACCCUCACAUUUCUCAUCGACGAACUACGGGAGAGUCAGGCCGUAUUACGAGCCCGAUACGCGUCCUGAUCCGGACACGAUAUACCGAGAGAUCCAGUCAAUUAAUACCCCAUCCCGACCGGUCCCACACGGCUUAAUGGAAAAAGCCACGGGACAUUCGACAACCGCAAAACCACAGCCCACUAUUCCAGUUAAAACAUCAAGCGCUACCGUAACACUGAUUGUAUCGCUCGGCGUAUUAUUUUUAGCUGUAAACGUAGCUAUAUUCUCGAUAUUGUACUUCAAGAAGCGUAAACUUCGCAUACGAGAGCAAACACUUCACAAUUCGCGCCAGUCUAGAGCCGAAGUCGGUGAAGUGGAUGUAAUAGGGCAGAAGAGCUCGAAAGACGAUAAAAGCGCUUUGAAAACACUCAAAAAUGGCUGCAGCGUUAUUAAAACAAUGAGUCUGAAUAAAAUGAAGGGUAGUAAGAAGGUAAAGAAAAAGUCUGAUCCCUGUAAGUCGCCUAAGUCGGAUGAUUCCGGUGGAUUUAGGGAGCGAUUUCAACUGAGGAGACAUUUAUCGACAAGUACUCUUGACGCUCACACCAAGGUUCGCGACUGGAUCACAAACGAUGUACUGCACAGAUGCUCGCCGGCCAUACUAAGAAAGAGCAACUCAGAUUUAAACGCCGAUAAACAUAUGAACGUAACAAAGCCCUUUACUAGAUCAGAAGAAAUACUUUCUAAUGCGAAAAAAAAGAAAGAUUCAUUGAAAUCUGGUGAUUUAAAUUCAAAAAAACCUGCCUCCAAAAACCAUAGCAGCAAAACACCUACCUCAGAAAAGACAACUUCAACAUCAGCUCUCGAAUCUCACUCAUCAAUAGCAAGCCACAAGCAAUCGCUAAAUAGCUGGAAACAAACAAGUAAAUCAAACGAUUCAAUUAAAAGUAAGGGUACUGAAAGCAUUAAAUCCAAGAAAGUUUCAGUAGCAAUUGACGCAACACCGUCAGCACGUACAAAUUCAAUUCUAAAUCAGGAGCCAAUAGAAGUAUCAAAGUCAUUCGAUCAAGGUGAAAAAAUACAUUCCAAUAGUAAAAAUCAAUUACAGAGGUCUAAAACCGAAAGUGAUUUCAAGGCUGAUUUCGUAUCAAGUAAACAUAAUGAAAGUGAUACUAAAACGUACACCAAUGUCGUUACACUGUCGCUGGGGAAAGACAAGCCUUUGAUGGUAUCACAUAAACAUUCCACGUCGGAUCCAGUGAGUGAUAUUAACUAUGAACAGAUAUUCAGAGAUAAAAUGGAAGCUGGUGCCCCUAUUAUUGAUAUCCUCCCUCCUGUGACAUUUAGAAAUGACGUGAAUGUCACAUCACGGGACGACAGUUCAAAAACGCAUACAAUGACUCCAGAAGAAGCACUGCUGACGAUCAAAAGAAGAAAUUAUCCAAAAGUACUACCAGACUUGCCGAAAAUGCAAAAAAGAUUAUCAUUACAACCAAACUCUUUGCAGACUUUUAGAAGUUUUUGUAGUAGUACCGAAAGUCAGCCUGAUCGACAAAAAAUACCACCACAACCGCCGCCGAGAACUACUACUCUUGAAAAGAGAAUGGCGUAUGCCAAUGUAAAACCCUUAUCAUCCUUCGGAGUAUCGAAUGAUCGUAUGCAAGAUUUCUCAUUUUCUAGUAAUUAUGAAAAUAUAGAUACAUUGACACCGUCAACUAGCAUUUUGCAAUCAUUAAAAAACUCUUUUGAAAGAAGUAUGAUUGUUGAAAAACCUGAACCUGCUUUAAUAACGCCGACCAAAGAGAGAAUGUACCCAAAAGUGAUCAUUGCAUCAAGCGACAUCGCAUCAGAGCCAAAGAUAUUGAUAAAACCAUCACCGAGCCAACAAGAAAUAUCGGCUAAUGUACCAAGAGUGCGGUUACCCGAUGAUUUUCACUCUCAAACUACAGGAUCUAUCACAUCAUUUUCAUCAUUCUGUUCGGACGAUGGUGAUGAAAUAGAAGAUUUUGAUGACAUCGCUGAAGAUAAACUCAUACAAGAACUAGUUGGUGGAGUUGAAUCUCCGACUAACAUGGAGGAUGUUUUAGAUUCAAAAGGACCAGAUAAUUUAUUUGAAAAGAAACUAGAAAUCGUACCUGUCAGGAUCAAUCCUGGUAACUUAAGUCCUAGGAAUAAAGACGAUUAUAUUUGUAUAACUGAUUUACAUCUACCGGAUGUGAGUAACUUAGAAAAAACAGCCCAAAUCAAACCGAAUUUCGGUCUCAACAAACUCCAGCAUAGGACAGACAGUAUCAACCGGCCUCCAGAAAAAUCGGUAAGGCUACGACAAAGAAUAGGAAGCAAAUCUUCAAUAUUGAAUCGAAGCUUAAAGUGUAAAAGUGGUGAGAAGAAAAGCGAUAGUAGUAAAUUAGAACAUUCGAAUUCAGGGUCCUCCAAUGACACGGAAACUAGUACAGGCACGGUGAAGAAGGUAGAGGUUAAGAAAUAAAUUGUAUAGUCAAAAUUUUAUCAUAUUUCAUGACGACAUAGUCUUCUAGACCGACUAAGGCACAUUUAUUAUAGAGAACGAAAAUUACUGAAAAACCUAAGUUUGGAAAACUUUGAGGCAUUAUACUAAGGCUACAGAAUUAGCUGUUAGAAAAAUGUUUUUGUAUUGUUAAAUCAUUAUUUAGUGGUAGCUCCUUGCAGUUAUCAAGGCCUUUAGCGUUAAGUAGUAGUACAGUGAUUGGCUAGAGUCCUACGGAGAAGACUUUACUAAUAAUGCGCUCAUACAGUUUAUUGUUAGUAAAGUCGUGGUCGUACUGUAACAUGCUUCCAUAGUUUAUCAUUUACGGUACGCUUAGAUAAUUGUAAGCUCCAUUAUAAAGCUGAAAGACGACUGAGCAACAUUGCUUAUUAUAAUUAAAAUAUGAGAAAAUUAACAUCAUUGAUUCCAUCAGUAUUAUUGUAAAAACUUACUUGAUAAUAAAACAUGAAUAAUACAUUGUAGAAUUCAAUAGAACGUAAUUAGCUCAUGCAUGAAUAAUUAAUGAAUUUCUAAUUAUCUUUGGAUAAUUUUUUGUCAUACAAAUUAUAUAUUUUGUAACGUACCAAAUGUUUAUUCAUGUCAGUCAAAGAAAAUGUACUUGAAACUAUAUACGAGUAUAAGAUCUCUAUAUUAAUUAGUAAUUAAUAAGUAAUUUCGUAUGUAUUGUCCUGUUAUAAAUGAGUCUGGUAUAAAAUGUUAUUUUUAAGUGGAACAGCAAUUCGUAGUAAGAGAAAACUUUCCCUUCAAAUCUUGCAAAGAUUUUCUCCUGAUUUUUUAGCGUUCAUGCGUUCCAAGUCCGAGAUUCGUCGAAUACAAUGCUAAAUACGUAGUGAAGGCAGACUUUAUUAGUGUUUUUGAUUAAAGAGAAAUAAAAAUCAUUACUGUUGAAUAAAAUUUUAUUUGAAUACGAUAGUCUUAAAAUCAUUUAAAUAUUUAAUUGUACCAAAGGAAUAGAAAAUGAAUAAACCAAAUUGCAUUUAGAAAAAUAUACAAUUUACAAACUGA